GGAGAAGUUUUCCUCUCGUGCUGCGCUGCGCCUGCACCAACUCUUACUGUUGCCGUGAGUGGAGGCGGGUUGGAGACGCCGCUGCUGAGUCCGUGUGCGCCGGCGUUCACUGUCUGUCUCUCCGGCCGGUGUGAAUUUGUCCUCGCUGCUGUGGCCGAAGGAUUAAUGAGCCGCAGGGACGAACAGUUUCUCCUCUGAGGCUCAUUUUUAAGGCUUUACGCCUGGACUGCGUUUCAGAGCUUUCCUUUCACAUUCACUCUGCUCGAGGAUACCUGGACCUCUACUGAUGGAACAGGGUCACUCCAACGUUCUCCUGCAGCCGCCCAACACCACCUAACAUUUCCUGGAAAAACGGGUCCAUCGCCUGCUCCCAACAAACAUGGACUGUUUUCCCAUGCUUUAUUUUCUGUCGAGACAUCAUGAUUCCUGGUAAUCGAAUGCUGAUGGUCAUUUUAAUAUGCCAAGUCCUGCUGGGAGAGAGCAACCAUGCUAGUCUGAUACCUGAAGAGGGGAAAAAGAAAGUACCGGGCCUGCAGGGUCGUUCGGCCGCUCAGAGCCAUGAACUGCUGCGGGACUUUGAGGCCACGCUGCUGCACAUGUUCGGCCUCAAGAGGCGGCCAAGGCCCAGCCGCUCCACCACCGUGCCUCGCUACUUGCUGGACCUCUAUCGACUACAGUCGGGGGAGGCCGAGGAGGCCGGAGGGCACGAUAUUGCCUUCGAGUAUCCAGAGAGGUCAGCCAGCCGGGCCAACACUGUAAGAGGCUUCCACCAUGAAGAGCACAUGGAAAGGGUGCAUGAGCUGGACGAUGGAGAAGCCACGCCCCUGCGUUUCCUGUUCAACCUCAGCAGCAUCCCAGAAGAUGAGCUGCUCUCUUCUGCUGAACUUCGGCUCUACCGGCAGCAGAUCGACGAGGCCCUGGCCGACAGCCUCUCAGUCCAGCAGGGGCUUCACAGGAUAAACGUGUAUGAGGUUUUGAAGCCCCCCCGGCCUGGGCAGCUGAUAACGCAGCUUUUGGAUACUCGGCUUGUGCGCCACAACGCGUCCCGUUGGGAGAGCUUUGACGUCAGCCCCGCAGUGCUGCGCUGGACUCGUGAGCGCCUCCCUAAUUACGGGCUAGCAAUAGAGGUGCAGCACCUCAACCAGACUCCGCGCCACCAGGGCCGACACGUCCGCAUCAGCCGUUCCUUACACCAGGAGCCCGGUGAGGACUGGGAGCAGCUACGCCCCCUACUGGUCACAUUUGGCCAUGACGGGAAAGGUCACCCUUUGACCCGCCGGACCAAGCGCAGCCCCAAGCAAAGGGGUCGUAAACGCAAUCGCAACUGCCGGCGUCACGCACUGUACGUGGACUUUAGUGACGUAGGCUGGAAUGACUGGAUAGUGGCGCCCCCUGGUUACCAGGCGUAUUACUGCCAUGGGGAAUGCCCCUUUCCUCUGGCAGAUCAUCUGAACUCCACUAACCAUGCCAUUGUUCAGACACUGGUGAACUCUGUGAACAGCAACAUUCCCAAGGCCUGCUGCGUGCCAACAGAGCUCAGCGCCAUCUCCAUGCUCUACCUGGACGAACAUGACAAGGUGGUCCUAAAAAACUACCAGGAGAUGGUAGUGGAGGGCUGCGGCUGCCGCUAACACACACUAAGUAGAACUGGACUUGGACUGGCCACUAGAAAAA